AUGAAUUUAUCAACGUCAACAACAAAUACACCAAUAGUAACAAAUACAACAGGAACACCAACAACAUCAUCAACCGCAACAUCAACAAUAGAACAUAAAUCAGAAUUAGAAUCACUUGAAAAUUAUUUCACAGCAUUACAAAAAGCAGUAAAUGAAGGUAUAAAAUUAAAUUAUAAUAUCAUUAGUAAAUUUGAUAUAGUUUGUAAUAUUACACCAUUAUUUGAAGUUUUAAAUAAACAAGAGGUUGACUCUAUCACAUUGAAAUGGUUAAAUCUAUUAACAAGUUGUCUUGGUCAAGGUACUGGUGGUCCAGCUUUCUCAUUAGUCAUUGGUAAUUUAAUUUCAAAAUUAUUUGAUCGUUCACCAAAUGGUAGUAAAUCCUCAACUUCAAUAGUUAAAAAUUUAAUAACUCAAUUACAAACAAAACAAAUACAAUCAAAUUUAAAAAUUAAAACAUUAGCAAUUGUUUAUAUUCAAGAGAUAUUAACGAUAUUAUCAAAGAUGGUUAAAGUUUCAAGUGAAACAUCAGGAUUUAAAGCAUCAUGUAUGAGAUGUAUUGGAUGUUGUUUAGAUAGUGUUGGAUAUACUAGAGGUGCAAUUCAUGUGGAUACAUUUAAAUUGAUAAAAACCAUCUAUCCAAUACCAGUUGGGAAUAGUGGUGGUAGUGGUGGUGGUAGUGGUGGUGGUAAUAGUGGUAUUGGUCAAAUGUCAUCAUUACUUGCAACUAAUAACGGUGUAUUAGCAGCUGCCCAAGAUUUUAAAAUUGAAUGUUUAAAUUGUAUUUUACCAAUUGCAAAAUAUUAUAAUCAAAGUGAUUCAAAAUUAUCAGGUUUUGAUGAAAAGAUUCUAACUUUUCUUCAAAAGAUAUUAGAUGAGGAUUCUUAUCGUCAAAGAUAUAAAUUAUCGGAAACUUUAGCAUUGGUUUUAUCAACAUUUUAUUCAAAAGAGCAACAACAGCAACAACAACAACAACAAUCAUCAUCGUCACAACAAAAUCAAUCACAAAAUCAAUCACAAAACCAAUCAUCAUUAUCAGCAUCAGGUAAAGAUCAAUCAUCGGUAUUAUCAUCAUCAUUACAGGGUAUUCAAACAAAUCAAUCAAAUGGUGCACUAGGUAGUGGUGGUGGGUCAAUUAAGAAAUGGUCAAUUGAACAAUGUUUAAAUUAUUUAAAUAAUUUAUUAGUAACAACAUUGGUAAAUAAAAAAGAUAUUAGAACCAAUAUUACAAUGGGAUAUAGUAUGUUUUUAAGGGAAUUAUCAUUAUCAGAUAUUGAACCAUUAAUUGAUACUAUUAUUUCAACCAUUUUAAAGAUAAUUUCAACACCAUUUAAUAAAUUCAUUGGCAAUUUAUCAUCAAAUUCAACAGUUUCACCAACACCACAACAAAUUAGUGAACAAAUUCAAUUUAAAUCUUGUGUAUCAUAUAUAAUUAGAACUGGUUUAGGUGAAAAAUUAAGUGAAAAUGGUCAGCAAAGAAUGUUACGUUAUUUAUUAACUUUGGUAACUUCAUCAACUACAAUACAAUCAACAAGUACUCAGCCAACAGGUACUCAAACAACAGCCACUACAACAUCAUCAUCAUUAUCAACAAGUACAAAUUCAACUACAGCAAUAACAUCAGAUUCAACAUUAAAUGAAUUAAUAUUAUAUGUAUCAUUAAAAGAAAGUUGUUUAUUAAUUAAUGAAUUGGGUGAAGGUGGGUUGGGUGGUAUAGUUGAAGAUUAUUCAGCACAAUUGAUACAAUUAUUCAGUGAUCGUAAUCAAAGUACAAGAGUAUGGGCAGCAAUUUGUUUAAGAUCAUUGGCAACUCAUUUACCAAAAUAUAUUUCACAAUUUUUAACAGAAUGUUUAACAAAUUUAAAUAAUUUAAUUGGUGAGAUUGAUAAAUUAUCAAUUCAACCCGAUUCAUUGAAAAGAAUUAUGAAUUCAUUAAAGGGUAAUUCACAAGGUUGCGCAGCAUUAAUUUCAACUGUAAAGACUACGGAAUUGGGUGUACCAGCGACAUUGUUAAAUCAAAUUACAAAGAUUUCCUCAUCGUUGUUGUCGAAUCCAGAUUUCCUCAAUCCAGCUAUUACAUUGGCAAGAUUGGAAGCAGGUUGGACCAUUAUGAAUUCCUUGAUCAAGUAUAUGGGUACAACAUUUGUUGAAUCGAUAUUGGUUAGUUUGUUUGGAUUUUGGAAGAGUUGUUUCAAUAUUAGCACAGUUCAUCCUACAGCAGAGAGGGAUAUAGUGAUUUUUGCACGUACUAGAGCCGAUGCAUUAAUACCCUUACAUAGUUUAAUAGUUUAUAAUAGUAAGUUAUUGAAUUCAAAAGUGAUUGGCACAAUAGUUAAUUUCUUGGGUAAUACAUUGAAGACCGUUAGUGAAUUGCCAGCCAUUAGUACAUCAUUUCAAAGUUCAACCAAUGAAUUAACUCAAUUGUUAGAGUAUUAUUUAAUUCGUACAUUCUUGGCAUUGCCAGCUCAAUCAUUUGCAACCCAUCAUACCACAUUGAUGACUAUUGUUACAUCGUUAAUAUUGGAUGGUGUUCAAAAUACAAUGUUUCCAUCAUUGUUACAUCGUGAUGACGAGGAUGUAUUAUUACCAGAUUUGAAAUCAAGUUAUUAUCAAUUCGAAUUGAAUUAUCAAAUACCAUUCACAAGUCAAGAUAGUUCAAUGACAUCAUACACUGAAAUCAAUGAUUGUUUCUCUCACAAGUUGACACAAUUCUUAGAGAUACGUGUUGUAAAUAGUGCCAUCGAGUUAUUCUCUUAUCUAUUCGUUAACCAACCAGAUAGACAUAGAACUCAAUUGAUUGAUCAUCUUUCAAAUUGUAUUAAAGAUACGAGUACAUCGACCCUUCAAAAGAGUAUUAUGAUAGUGAAUUCAUUGACAGCGAUUCUAUUCAUAUUAAAGAGUAUGUCACAUAAUAAUCAACGUUUUGGAAAGAGUGAUAUUACAUCGACUGUACAAAGAUUCGUUCAAAAGUAUUUUGGUGAUGUCAAUGCAUUACUUCGUAGAAUUUCUUCCGAGUCUUUAGGUCUACUAUGUAGAAUCGAGGGUGAUAAUGUAACGUCAGCAAUCAUUUCCUCGUUGACUGAAAUCAUUAGAAAACCAGCUAAAGAAGUACCAGUUUCAGUUAGAGCCGGUUCUGCAUUUGUUUUUGGUUGUAUUCAAAGAUCAGUUGGUGGUAUGAUGUCUCAAAAAUAUUUACCAACUACAAUUGCAAAUUUACAUGUAUUGGCACAAGAUCAAAUCUCACCAGACGUUAGUCAUUAUGCUUUACAUUCAUUGUUUGUCACAAUUCAAACUAGUGGCUUUGAUUUCACUUCAUUCGCAGCGCCAACUCUAAUGUUAAUUCAAUCAUUAUUAAUCACCGAAUCACCUCCAUAUUAUCUAUUGGGUAGAAUUGUAAAUUCAAUCGUAGUUGCAUUAGGUCCAGAAUUUGAAUCACUCAAAGAUAUCAUGAGUCGUUGUAAUAAUACAUGUUCAAUCAUUGAAAAGAGUACUGACCCAUUGAUUAAAGCAGAAUCCAUUUACUUCUAUCAAAAAUUAAUCAUGUUUGCUCCAAAUUCAAUAAAUACCACCAAAUUAAUACCAAAUUUAAUUUCACAAUUGAAAAGUCCCUCUCUAUUACUUCGUGUUGCCUCUGUAACUUGUUUACGUCAAUUAAUUCAAAAACGUUCAAAUUUCCAAUUAGAUAUUCAACCAUUGUGUGAAACAUUAUUUAUGAUGAUUGAUACUGAACGUGAUUAUCAAUUACAAAAAGAAUUAAAAUUAUUAUUAUUCACUUUAAUUGAUACCAUUGGUCCUUCAAAUCCUUCAACUUGGUUAAAAAUUUGUAUGGCUAUAAUUUUAUCUUCAAAACAAGAUGAUAAUUUAUUAGAUUCUUCAACUUCACCGAUUAAUUUAAAACAAAUUAAUAAUAAUCCAAAUAAUUCAAAUAAUACAGAUAAACAACAACAACAAGAAGAAGAUGAUGAAGAUUUAGAUCAAAAAGUUGUUGUUGAAACAUCAGAAAAAAAAAUUGGAUAUGUUCAUCGUUGGUUUACAAAAAUAUCAGCAUUAGAAUGUGUUAGAAGAGUUAUAUCAGUUGUUAGGGAUGAACCAAAACAUUUCAAUAUGGUAAUUGCAUCGAAAUUACCAAAUAAAAAUGAUUAUUUAGUUUAUCAUUUACAUAAUUUAAUUUCAAUUUCUUACAAGGCAGCAACAUCACAAAUCGAUUCAAUGAGACCAGUUGGUAUUUUAUUGUUAAAGGAUAUUUUAGAAGGAUUUUCAAAAGCUAUCGAUCCAGAUUAUGAAGGUCAUUUAUUGUUGGAAUUAUAUCAAGCUCAAAUUAUGUCUGCGCUUAGACCUGCUUUUGAUCCUGGUGCAUUACCAACUCAACUUUCAAAUGCUUGUUCAGUGUUUGUUAGUUUCAUUGACUCUGCGGUCUACUAUGAUAGUGUUGCCAUUAAAAAGGCUACAACCAUUCUAUCGAAACAAGUUAAAGAUUUAAGAACUUUAAAUUUCCCAAUCUAUAAUGAAAAGACUACAACAUUGGUACAGGUUUCCAUACUUAAAGCGUUUGCACAAUUGUAUUUAUUAUGUCUAAAAGAUCAAUCAUUAUACUCAAUUCUAUCAUCAGUAAUUAAUCCAUUGUUAAUUUAUUUACGUGUACAUUGGAUAACUUUCCUAAAGGAAUAUUCAAUGUUGGUUUCACAAUCACCUCAAAUCUUUCCAUUAUAUAAACCAAUUCUAUUCUCACCAUUAACUUAUCAAGAUAGUAUUGAAUAUUUUAAAGAUGCUUAUCCAUCAGUUAUAAAAGCAUUGAGUUAUUUAUUACAUACUCCUUAUUGGUUAAUUGGUAGAGAAGAUAGUAGUAGUGGUAGUGGUAGUAAUAUUAAUAAUAGUAGUGGUGGUAGCAGUGUUACAAAUAGUUUACAAUCAUCAAGUAAAUUAAUUUCAAAUUUAACACCAGAAGAAAAAGAAUUUUUAAAUGAAACUAAACCAUUUGAUGAUUUUUAUUUAAUUUGGGGUUUAGCUUUAAUGCCAAUGGAAAGAUAUUUGGAAGAAUCAAUCAAUGUUAAUUUCAAUGUAAAUUUGAUUUCAUCAUCAUCAUUAGAGAUUCUAUCAAUUUUAUUCCAAUACAAUAGUGGUGAAAAUGCUACAGCAAGUAAUGUAGUUCGUUCAACAGUUGAUGUAAUCCCUUUUGAUAUGAUUAAAAUGGAUAAAUUCAAAGAGUUUUGUUCAAUUUUAUUACGUAUAAAUACUUUUGAAAAUGAUCAAAUUCAACUAUUAAUAAUUGAAAUUAUUACAAAUUUAAUUUUAAAUUUUGGUACUGAUAUUGAAAAAUAUCAAUCAAAACAACAAUUAUCAAAUUCUUCUUCUUCUAUUAAAAGUAGUAAUGAUAGUAUAAAUAGUAAUGGUGGUAAUAAUAAUAAUAUAUUUGAAUUAAUGAUUCAAAUUUUAUUGAAACCAUUAAAUAUAAUCGAUUUUUCUUCUUCAAGUGGUAGUAGUAGUAGUAAAAACUUUAAUGAAUCACAAGUUCAAUAUUAUAGUAAAUUAUAUCAAUUCUAUUUAAUUUUAAUUAAAUAUUUCGGUCAAAAUGUUGAACAAUUUGAAAAGUAUUGCCCAUUAUUCAUUUGUACAAUCAUUAAAGGUUUAUCUUGCUCAAAUCAACCAAAUUUAAUCACUUCUUCAAUUCAAUUAUUAAAUCAUAUCAUUAAAUCUAGAAAUCAAUUCCCUGACUCAAACUUUUCAAAUCAAUUAAAUUUAAUUUUAAAUACUUUAUUUUCAAAUUUAAUUGAUAUUUUAAAUAAUGAUUUACAUGAAAUUAAACAAGGAUUUUUAUUAUUAAUUCCAAUAAUUUUAGUAAAUACGAAUAAUUUAUCAAAUCAAUCAUUUGAAAAAUCAAUAGAUUUCUUUAAAAAGGUAUUAUCAUCUACAACUACAACUUUAACAACAGAAACAGAAACAGAAACAGAAAAAUCAAUAUCAAUACCAAUUAAGGAUAAAGUUUAUAUUCUUCAAGUUAUUAGAAAUAUAGUUAAUACAGGUUCACAACAACAAUCAACUUCACAAGUUUAUCAAUAUGCAAAAUUACUUGUUAAAAAUUUAUUUUCAAAUUUCUUUAGUUUAUUAAUUUUCCCAUCCCCAAUUGAAACUACAAUUUUUAAACAAGAAGAAAUUGAAUUAAACAAUGAAUUAAUUAAAAUAAUUAUACUUUCUUUACCAUUUUCUGAUGAAAAUAAUAAAGCAAAUGUAUUAUCAGUUAUAAUUUCUAGUUUAAUUUUAUUCCUUCAACCAAAUUCAAAAAAUCAAACUCAAUUCCACCACAAUGUACUCCAAAUUUUAUUAAACUUUGCUUCUACACAACCUCAAUUUAAAGAGGCAGUUUCAAGACUACCUUUAGAUCUUAAACAACAAUUAGAACAAUCAAUAAGACAAAAUAUUGAAUCUGCUGCAAAGAAAGAGGUCAAAGUUGCUCCAAAACCUCAAAUUCAAUUAACUUUUGAUUUCUCUAAAGUCGCUAAUAAAGAGUGA